AUGAUGUCUAUUUGUUCUUCACAUGAAGAUUUUCUAUCUCUAACUGUGAGUGAAGAUUCAACAGUUAGUGAGGGUACACGUCGUCUAUUAUCACCUUAUAAUCGUAAUCGAUUUAGUGCACUUAAUCGUGAUAUUAAUAUGGAAUUAUCAAAAGUUAAAGAUAUGUUUCGAUCAAUUACAAUUGAUUUAAAUUCAUUCAAUGGUCAACCGGAUCAAUUAAAAGAUUUUAAAGAAAAAAUUCGUCAUAUUAAUCGUAUUUUAUUAGCUGUUAAACAACGAAAAGAUAUUUUAGAUGAUAAAAAUGAACAAAUGUUAUUAGAUUUACAAAAUCAUGUAUGGGAAAUAGCUAAAUACUCUGUUCGUAUUGAAAUAUAUUUAUGUACACUUGAACGAUUAAAAAAUUCUGCUAAUGAAUUAUUACAAAUGACUAAAAGAUAUUAUCAAACACCUGAUUCAAAUGAAAAAUAUUAUAAUGAUAUUUUAGAAUUAGGUAAACGUUUAAAAGAUGAAACAAAAUUAAUAGAAUCACGUGCACGUAUAGAUUGUCAAAAUGUUAUUUUACAUGAAAAUUUAGAGAAAAUACAACGACGUUGUUCAAUCAUUAUGAAUAGUAGUGAACGACAAAAAUUAAAAUCAUUAAGAAAUUUUCAUGUAAAAAAAGCCACAUUAAAUCAUUGUCGUAAUCGUUUAUUAGAUUAA